AUGUCCCUACAAGGAGUUAGGGGUGGCUCUGUGGAGCUGGCCUGUGGCUCUGGGCCUGCACCGUUGGUAGUCCUCUGGAGCUUCACCCCACUGGGUUCCGUGGUUCCUCGGCCUGUGGCCGUGACCGAUGGAGCUUCGUCCAAGGUAGAGCCCAGUGCCUCAGCUCUGGGCAUCGCAAGUCUACGGAAUAGCAGCCUGCUGCUGAGGGAGCUCCGGGAGGGGGCCCGUGGCCACUUCUUGUGCCAGGCCCUGCAUGUGUCUGGUGACCAGCUCCACACCACCUAUUCCUACCUCACGCUGGCCGUGCUUGUGCCUGUAUCCAAGCCUCAGGUGCGGCUGAGUGAUCCGUCACCCGUGGAAGGAGCCUCGGUGGUGGUCACAUGCGCAGUGCGGGAGGGCACAGAGCCUGUGACCUUGGCUUGGCAGCACCAGGCGCCCCAAGGCCCUGGGGAGGUCCUGGUGGGAGUCAAGGAGCCACUGCUCCGGCUGGACCCAGUCAACCGGACGCACCUUGGCUGGUAUGUGUGCAGCGCCUACAACGCUGUCAACGGUCUGAGCAGUGAUGGUGUCUUCCUGGACGUGGUCUAUGGCCCGGACAAGCCUGUGAUCACUGUGGAGCCCCUCGGACUCACUGCAGAGGGGUUUUGGGCCAGUGAGAAGGAGGAGGUGACGCUGAGCUGCCUGGCUGCCUCCAACCCUCCUAGUCACUAUGUGUGGCUCUGGGAUGAUACUCAAGUCCACACUGGCCCCACCUACGUCAUCGCCAGCGCCCGCCGUGCCCACACAGGCCUGUACACCUGCCUGGCCCGCAACAGCUACCUGGACACGCGCACCCGGACUUCCGUCCAGCUCACCAUCUACUAUCCCCCUGCAGGGCAGCCCUCCUGUACUGUGCUGCCCACCCCUGCAGCUGUGACCCUGCUCUGCACCUGGCCGGGGGGACUUCCCACUGCCCAGCUGCAGUGGGAGGGGCCCCACGGGACAGGCCCGACUGCACCCAGCAAUGCCGCCUGGACUCACGCAGCCACCAGGCUCCCCAAUGGCAGCGUCUUCACCUGUACCGGCCAGCACCCUGCCCUGGCACUACCCGGCCUCUGCAGGGCCACACUCUGGGAGCCUCCCCAGAGCCCCACCUGCCGGAUCACAGCCACAGUGGACGACCAGUUCAUCGGACUGAGCUGUGAGUGGCCCAGAGGCAUGCCCCCUGCCACGCUGAGCUGGUUGGAUGAUCAGGGGCAGCCCCUGGGUGGCAGCAGCUCCUCCCCGGCCACCCACAUGUUGCAGGCCAGGGGAGAUCUGGCUGGCAGAGAGUUCACCUGCCUGGGCUCUCACCCCCUGAGGAUCCCUAAUGCCCAGUGCCGGCUCCAGCUGGAAGCCCCGCAGCUGACCGUGGCUGAGCCCCAGGUCUCAGUGCUGGAGGGAGGAGAGGCCUGGCUGCACUGUGCUCUCCAGGGUGGAAAGCCACCGGCCCGGCUCCUCUGGCUGGGACCCCAGGGGCUGCCGGUGGAAGGGAGCACUUCUGAGUUUGUGCUGCACCCUCAAGGUGCCCAGCUGCGCCUCCAGAUACAAGGUGCUGACCCAUCGCGCCACAGAGGCACCUACCAAUGUGUGGCUCACAACGCCGUGGGCAACAGCAGCCAGCAUGUGCUGCUGGAGGUCCUCAGGUAUCCUGCUCCUCCCAACGUCACCAUCAGCCACCUGACCUACCGGCGGAACCGGAGAGAGGUGCAGCUGCAGUGGGCCAUCCAGGGUCCUGGCAACCUUACUGGUUUUCUGGUGCAGCAGAGGGCCAGUGUCCCUGGCCCCGGAGCUGGGGCUUGGGAGACUGCAGCUAGUAACAUUGCACCAGAGAGCAGGGGCCAGCAGCUGGGAGGCUUGGACCCAGGGGUCCUCUAUGCCUUCCGAAUCCUGGCCCUGAAUCACCACACUAUUGGACACCCUUCCGAGGUGAAGACACCAGUGGACCCCCCCUUCAGCGCCUACCCAGCAGUGCUGGGUGCAGCUGGCACGGGAAUGGUGGUGGCAACCGUGGCCUCUCUCCUGGUGUUCCAGUACGCUGCCCGGCACCCACAGAAUUUCCCCCGGAGCGAAGGCACCAACAGAGGGGCUCAAGAGAAAUCCCCGAGGCACUGGCAAACAUCGAAACACCAACCACCACUCCAAGUUCAGAUCCUGCACCAGAAUCUGCUGAUGUCCCAGUAA